GUAUUUCAAAAAACACACCAGACACAAACUAUUUAGUAUUGAUCAGAAUUUUUGUGCAUCAACCAAAGGGUCCAGCGCUACAUUUGUAUAUAGCUCCCUGGAAAUUCCGGAAAGUACAUUGCUCCUUAGCUAACUUGCAAAAAGACUUCUUAAAAACUGAAUAUAUCAAUCAAGUUGCUAAACUGAGUCCGAUAGCCAGACCAGAACCAAACCAACUCUUUGCAUGAAAUAUCUUUUUUUUUUGGAACGCUCAUGAAAUAUCUUCAAGUGUCUAAAAUUGACAAUAAACCAAAUGUUAUGGACCACUAAAAGAUAUUUCUGAUUAUUAAAAAAUCUAUCUUUAUUUUCAAAGUAAAACAACGACUUUAAUGGUGGACUUGAAGGCACGAUAUUAUUCGCAGUUGAUGUAAGGAAAUUAAUUCGAAAUACAUAAGGCUUAUUUAUUUUCCAUGUAGGAACAAACUAAGAAAUAACAUUUUUAGUUCAACUAUAAAUAAAAACAUAGAACGUUUCAGUCGACUGUCUAAUCUGCAACCACAAUUUUGACCAAAUAAUAUAAAGCUUAAGCUUUGUAUAUGAUCUAAUUUGCAUUUUGAGAACCAACGAACUUGGACUAGUAACACUUGAGGGAUAAUUCCAAUACGAUAAACCGCAGUUCGAUCUCCGUUGGCCACCAAAUAAUUUAACAUUGUACUCAUAUGUAACAUUUCAGAGUUCGAUGUACUAAAUAUAUAUUUUUAAAAUUAGCUUAUUAGAGAAAAUAAUAUAAAAUAGUUUAUUUGUAACAAAAGCACACUUUGAUUGGCCAUUUAAUUUUCAAAUUUAAGUUUGAAUUGAAGUUUCCUUGAUUAUAGUUUUCUUUUCUUGGUCAGCAUCAUCCGUUACUCUCAGAAGAAAUUUGUAUCCUGCACUUAUUUCCCAUUACAUUUCCCAACCUUCUAAAUACAAGGUCAUAACCAAAAUAUUAAAAUCCUAAAGCAAAUCAAAAGUAUUAUUGGGAAGCAAGACCUAUAACUAAUAGGAAGAGAUGACGACGUGGCCGGCUAAAUCUUCUCUGCCACAGACGGUAAGUCCAGUCUACUUUGUGCAGAGCCCACCGAACACAGACGUAGACAAGAUAUCAACCGGAUCGGGUCUUAGCCCGUUCGGAUCACCCGUUAACCGACAGGGCCAGGUCAGUCACUACAACCAUGAGUCUGUGGCCGUGUCACCUUCGACUCUACGGUCCUCAGGACCAUUGAGAAACGGAUACAGUAGUCUCCAAGUGCAUGAUCAUGACCAAACAAUCGACGAGGAUGAUGACGAUUACGAUGAAGUAGACGGUUCGGAUGAGAAAAGAGGAAGGAGAACGAGGUUUUACACUUGCUUGUUGUUUACGUUUGUGCUGGCCUUCACUAUCUUCUGUCUCAUUUUGUGGGGAGUUUCCAAAUCUUUCUCACCUAUUGUCACUUUGAAGGGGAUGGUAAUCGAGAGCUUGAACGUGCAAUCCGGGAACGACGCAUCGGGAGUGCUCACAGAUAUGCUCACUCUAAAUUCAACGGUCACGAUGUUAUACAAAAACCCUGCGACUUUCUUCACAGUCCAUGUCACCCCUCUCCCCUCCUCUCCCCUCCAGCUCAGCUAUUACCAACUCAUCCUCGCCUCCGGCCAGGUAAACAAUUUCACAUCUUAUUGCUUGAACCGGCCGGUUAUAUGAUUUAUGAACUACUUUAGUUUUUUUGGUUGUGAGAAAAAAUAGAUGGAAAAGUUCUCUCAACGAAGGAAGACCGAGAGAAUCAUUGAGACCAAAGUAAUAGGCAUUCAAAUUCCUUUGUACGGAGGCGUACCAGCUCUAUACGCGCAACGAGCUAAACCAGACCGAGUUGUUUUGCCUUUGAAUUUAACUUUUACGUUGCGAUCACGGGCCUAUGUGCUCGGCCGAUUAGUCAAAACGAAGUUCUACACGAGCAUGAGAUGCAGCAUCACUUUCCAUGGCGAUAAACUUGGCAAGAAAAUUGAUUUCUUGAAGUCUUGCUCUGAUCAUUGAUAGAAAAUCAGCAGCGAAAUCAGUUCUUUAUGUUUAUUAGGGAAGAUUAAAUUAUUUUGAUGAGAUAUAUACGUGUGAAGGUCUGGACCAAUAUAAAUAGGGUUGUAAUUAAUUUUUUUAUACUACUAUAUUUGAUCGAUAA